GGAGAGCAUGUUUGGAUGUAAACUAUAAAAUAAAUUUUGUCUAAUAAUCGAUAAAAUAGCAGCCGAGAAAAAAAUAUGACUCACACCAACUUAAACAUAUAAUGACUAAACUUUCAGUAAAUGUCAUUUGUCACAACAUUUUUUGCUUAGUCAGUUCAUUUCUGCAAGUCGUAAUUUAAACCGUGAAAUUAAUAAUUUAUUCAUAAAUAUCUAAACAGGAAUUUUAAAAUUAAAAUGGACAGUGAUUUGUUUCAACAUUUAUUUGAAUCAAUUUUUAAAAAAACAAAUGAUCCGAUAGUACUAGAAAAACUAAAACGAGUCAAUAUUAAUUGGAAAAAACCUAUAGAUGAAAUUCUUGAAACAACGGAUGUAUGGAAAAGCGCAUGUUUGAAUGAAAUCCCAUCGGAACCAAUGACCAGUAUGAUUACAAGAUUAUUUCCGAUGGUUCAUUUCGAAAAUUAUCAUCAACUUAAUGACCUAAUACUCUGGCGUUCUCUUUACAUUUCGUAUAGAAAGUCGAUGAUACUCUCGGAACUUCAACCUUUAAUCCAAGUUAAUUAUGAUUUUUCUGAAUUGUUGAGUCCACAUGACUACAUUCUCUCGUUUGCAAGUUGCGAUAAAUAUUCUGCUGUUGGAAGUAAUAACGGAACAAUUUAUGUUUUUGAUAUAAAUCAACUUAACGAAAUUGUGUUUACGGUAAAUUUCAAUCACUUGAUACAAGACAUCAAAUUUUGGUAUUCUGAUACCGGUGACUUAUUUUUAGUUGCAAUUAUUUCACCUCAUCACAUUAAAUUUUGGAAUCUUGUUCGCAUGGUUGAAGUUCCGUGUAUCGGUAAUGGAUUCGGGUCACAUAUAUGCUCCGGUACAAUAAAUAGAUUAUUUAUUAUGAACUACGGACGUUUAUAUGAAUACAAACAUACUGACAAUGGUAUCACAUCAUAUUUAACAAAGUGUAUAUCUCUCGAUCCUGCAAGCACCAUUUAUUUAUUCUCAGAAAACAACAAAAUAAUCAUUGCAGCAGAUGAUCAGCAAUAUGCCGUAACGUUAUAUUCAUUAAACUAUCGAUUUUCAACAUCUGAUAAUCAAAGGAAUUAUUCGGUUGAAAAUAUGUGGAUAUCAUAUAGUAAUGAUAAACCAUACACUGGCUUUUAUUAUUCCUGGCCCGUAUUUUUUUUUCUUACUUCUAAUGUUAUUUUGCGGAUAAUGAAGGAGAGAAAAACAUCUCUCAUAUAUAAUGAUCCGCAAGCCGGCUGGAAAAAGUUUUAUCCAUUCGAAAAUUUCGGUAGCGAAAAUUUCGUAACUUCUGGCAUAUUACACGGAAAAGUUUUUAUUUUGGGAUUUGAAUCAGGUCAUGUACGGAUUUUUACUGUAGAAAAUAUUGAGCUGCUUAAAGAAUCUAAUUUAAAUCUUCAUUCAGGGAUUGAGUAUCAUGUAGCCGACAAAUCGAUUCAAUGGUUGGAACUUUUAGAGACUCAAGAAAAAUUAGUUAUCAUUGCAAUUACAAACCAUAAAGUCUAUUCUAUUAAUUUUUUUCCCAGCAGUACCCGGAUAAAAAAAGUUACAUGUGAUGUACUAUAAUUAUAUCUAAUUAUAUACAAUUCAUAUUUAAUUAUAUGUAAUCCAUAUACAAUAAGAUAUAAUAUGUAAUAACAUAAAAUUAUAUGUAGAAAAUGGUCCAAUGUAAUUAUUAAAUCAUCAUGAUUUUAAAUAAAUAAAUUAUAACAUGUAUUGAAAUUUUUUAAGAAAAUAAAACAACCAAUUUAAAUACA